AUGGCGUGGAACGUAUUCCGCGUGUUGGCGGAUGUCUCUCAUCUCGCAUCGAUCUGUCUCCUGAUCAGGGCGAUCCAUAAGAAUAAAAGUGCCGAGGGCGUUUCACUCCUUACACAGCUGCUCUAUGCAGUCGUGUUCAUUACACGGUAUCUAGAUCUGUUCAAUGGGAAUACAUGGUCGGUACGGAUGUACGGGAAGGGGGUGAUUUGGAAUGUCUCCUUCAAGCUGUUCUUCAUUACAUCGGCCUUCUACACCAUCUUCAUCAUGAUGAAGGUCUUCCCGCGGACACGAGAGCGCGAGCGGGCGUGGAAGCUUGGCAUUUACUCUGUGCUGGGCUCCCUGGUGCUGUCGCCGGUUGCGAUCCUGCUUUUGGAAAAGGGCCAGUCAUCGCAUUGGUUCUUGGAUGUAAGGAGCCCCGAUCUCGUCCCCAUGACCGACUCCCACCUCCUGCGCGAGUUCCUCUGGGCCUUUUCCAUCAUCCUCGAGUCCGUCUGCGUCCUGCCACAGCUCCUGCUCCUCCGACAAACGACCGUCCCCACCGUCAUCGACUCCUACUACCUCGUCGCACUAGGCUCCUACCGCGCCUUCUACAUCCUGAACUGGCUCGUGCGGGGCUUCGGGUCGGAGCACUACUGGGACCCAGUCGCCUUCUUCUUCGGCGUCGUCCAGACAGCCUUCUACGUCGACUUUGCGUGGGUGUACUACUCGCGGCAGCGGGUGAAGCUGCGCAACGGCGGCGUCGUGGACUCGGACGACUUCAGCAAGAGCUGGCUGGUCAACCGGGUCAUGAACUUCCGCGCGGGGCGGGCCUCGACUGACGAGGAGCAGCACCUGCACGAGGACGAGGAGGGCGGUGAUGGACGCGCGAGCAGCAAUCGGUGGGGGGCGCGUGGGAUCUCGAUUGCCGCGGAUGACACGCUGGAGAACUACGGCCGGCACCCGGAGCAGGAGGAAGACGACGGUGACAUCGAUGGCGUGCUGGAAGAGGAUUAUCUGGAAGAUCACGCGCAGCGUGCCCGUACGACGGGAUGA